AUGGCGAACUCUGUGUCCGCAGGGGGGAAUUCCCCCAAACAGCACGUUCACAAUCUCGAGGAGCGGAUUAAGAUUGAGCAACUCACAGAAGCCCUAGAGGAAAUCUUCGCUGAAUACGGCACCAUCCUAGAGAUCGUCGCAAAGAAGAACCUUCGCGCCAAGGGCCAGGCUUUCAUUGUCUACGACAGUGUUGAGUCUGCCACCCGUGCCAUCGAAGAAGUCAAUGGGUUCGAGCUUUUCGAUAAGCCUAUGGUCUUGGAUUACGCGAAGACACGGAGCGAUGCGACUGUCUUGCGCGAGGACGGUAAUGAGGGGCUCGAAAACCACAAGAAGAAUCGCCUAGCCGAGAAAGAGCGCCGACAAGCCCAAGAAGCCCUCGAAGCUCAGAAGAAGCUCAAGCGCCCCGCUUCAACGGCCGAACCCGCCCGUCCAGCAAAGACCACCAAGGGCGCUGGCCUCAAGUCUACCUCGAGUACCACCACUGCUGUUGUUCCCGACGAGUUCCUGCCACCAAACAAUACUCUUUUCCUUCGAGAUCUACCCGACGACGCGAGCGAGGCGAGCCUGGAGGCAGUGUUUGGCCGGUUCGAGGGAUACAAGGAAGUCCGGCUGGUCCCUGGCCGAAAGGGCAUUGGUUUCGUGGAGUACGUCGACGAGGUCAGUGCCACCGUGGCCAAGGAGGCUACCUCCGGAAUACCCAUGGGCGAACACGGCCAGCCUAUUCGGGUCACUUUCCAGCGGAAGUAG